AUGCCGAGUCUUGAUAUCCCUGGAGAAUUCCUGAGACAUGCUGUGCUAGAUACAGUCGUCCCACAUGCUUCAAAUAUAGAUCUGGAGGCCGCUCUGGCAAAAGCCUUGGAAGGGGGAGCCGACGACCUAUCUUCUGUACUGUCUCUAAUACCUCAGCGGUCACUUCUGUUCUUCGGUACGCGGAAAGACAACCUCCUGAUCGAACUCCUUAUCACAGAUGAAUUUUGCACCGCGUGCGUCGUUCUCAGAUUGUCCGAUUGCUCGCGGGCGAGCUUGAAACAUCACCUUCCAAACCUUGAAGUCAAGCUUGAGGUUUUUGCCAUCGACCCCGCCGAGGCAGUUUCUGGGAAUCCGACACCUACGAGGGACCUGAUAUUCUCAGGGGUUGUAAGUGGACAGGAGGAACCACUGGUAGUCGUGAAUGAGUUUGAAGGGGAGGCAGGGAGCGGCAAUCAUGUGUAUGCGAUCUGGAGUAUUGAGACGUUUCUCAGGCGCCCUCGCAUACGGAUCCAACACCCUUCGCUUAUCUUCAUAGCAUCAGCCUGUCUCAAUCAGAGUGAUAGUCAACAACAAGAGUCCCCUGACGACGACUAUCUUCCUCCCCUGGUUCCUGCUUCAACAAAUAUCUUGCAACCUUUGUCAGCAGAUAAAGCCCUGAACAAAAUUGACCCUUUCCUACCCGCUUCCAGGCUUCUAAGAGUCGUACCUGCGCAAUACAGCGAGGAUCCUAUAUACAAUGUCCAACAACGAUCAGGUCAUCCGAUCCGUGUGGUCCCUGCAGCCAGCGCCAGGAUACGGUACUCUCGACUGAACUCAUUUUCUGGACGACCUACGACAAUUGCAAGUCUGGAUUUUGAGGUGACUCCGUUUCUUAAUUGUGAUGUGUUAUUUGAUAAAGCCGAACUUCGGUUAUCAGAUGGGAAGAUUGAAACACUAUCUGAAGAUCCCGGACUCAAACCACCGAUCAUAUGUCGCCCAAGAGACGAUGUGACUCUAAUCUAUAAAUUGACACCCGAGUACAGCCAGGAUUCGAGUCUCUCGACCACCGUGUUGGUCAGUGUUUUGGAUAUAUCCCUAGAGGCAAUCAUCCAAGUAUCAGACGACUGCCAUCCACGAAUUCUUAUGCAGUGGAGGACAAACAUUGACUUUUCAAUGAUCUUGAAUCCAACGUUCGGUGGUCCUAGUCAAGCCUUGCAACGCAGUAACCGCCCAGCAAGUCUUUCUGUGGGGCAAAAUCAAGCGAACGUCCUAGCCGGUGGUCCUCCUCCCAGCCGGAGCUCCUUGAGAGACAGAGCCUCUUCGAUUACAGACAUGGGAGUCACAAUCUCGUUCACUGGCCCUAGCAGGGUGGAAGUUGGCAAGCCAUUCUCCUGGGAUGUGUUUAUUGUCAACCGAUCCACGAGCGCGCGUAAAUUCGCCAUGGUUGCCAUUCCUCGCAGGAAACGAGCAGAUCCGAGAGGACAUGUAGCCCGGCCUUCUUCAUCAUCUAUCUCGAGUCGUAAAGGGGAUGGGGUUGCAGAAGCAGUGACGGACGACAACAUAGUCCAUGCGAUGCAAAAGACCGUGGCGGGCCAGGAAGCUGAGCUCAUAUGCCUCAGCACGGAAAUACGCAUUGGCCCCCUUCCACCGGGAACGUGUUAUUCAACCGAGUUGAAACUGCUUCCCCUUGCAGUUGGACCUCUUCACUUAGAAGCCGUGCGCCUCGUGGACGCCCAUUCGAACGAAACUACCGAUAUCCGAGAUCUUCCGGACAUAGUAGCAUUUGAUCGAAAUGGUGUACCCUAUGCAGUAUAG